AUGCCCAACACUCUUGGUAACGGUGAAUGGCUUGAAGUUGGCCAGAGCCUAUGGAGUCAAAAUGGUGAGACUGAGCUCAAAAUGCAGGAGGAUGGCAAGAUUGCGGUUUACGUGAAAGGCGAAUGUGUAUUCCAGAACACAAACCAGGAGAGGUACGAUGUCAAAGGUAUCCAUAUGCAAAGCGAUGGGAACCUUGUUAUGUACGAUAAUAACAACAAUCCUCUCUGGAGCACCAAUUCCACCGGGUCAGCGGACCCCAGCUCAGUCAUCUGUGCAGUGCAGAAUGAUGGUAACGUCGUUCUGUACACUGGCCAGGCCCUCUGGGCCACCAACACCGGAAGGGUGCCUUGGCCUCAAUAG